UGUGCACAUCGUCCGAGCCGGGAAAACACUCCCUUUGUUCUCCGUCGACUAGCGUUAGUGCAGCCUGGGCCGGUUAAACGACAGUAGAUGAAGUGCUUUACUCACUCGGCAACUUGAAAUCAUAGACCCUCAUCGGAUGCGCUGAGCGGGGUAUGGAUAUCGUGUAUCACAACCAGCAUGCUUACAGUGGGCAUGUUGUGAGCUGUUACAGUCAAUUCAACCAGUAUAACUUCAACCAGGGAACAAGCAACAAUUUUGUGAGCAACAGAAUGGCUGAGCAAGAUAGUGACUUCUCCUUGUCCACUGAGACCUUCCACACGCCGAGUUUCGGUGAUGAAGAGUUCCAAAUCCCGCCGAUCACGCCCCCGCCGGCGUGCGAGUCCGACCUGGUGGGAGCGAGCAGGACCUACAAUGAGCCCACGCCACAGUUCCCACCUCAGAACCUGGACAUCCCACCGAUUACACUCGCAGACGCACUACACAUGGAAGAAGGCAUGAACACCACGUCUCGGUCCUUCCCCACCACCUGUAUGGGGUCCACAACCGUGCCUGACAGUUCCGGGGUCGCCAUGACAACUAGACACUCCCCCAUGGACCUGGCCUUCGACCAGGCCUCCUCCUCCAGCCAAUCCACCUUCAACUCCGACCACAUGGGUCACAUGACCUCCGGCAGCCAAUCGGCGUACGGGAACUCCCCGCUGACCACGAUCAGCCAAUCGACGCUUAGCGAGCAGCUUGGGUUGGACCAGGGCUCGGCGUUCGGUGUCGGCGGCGCGCAGUCACCCGGCUCGAAAUCCACGUCGCCAUCAGGGUCUCCGAACUCAGGAGACGGUCAGGAUGAGAGCGAUGACAACGUGCCACUAAAGUUCCUUGCCCAGGGUCUGAAGAGAGCAGCGGCAGCAGCCACACAGGAGCCGACACCUGCCGCCACUGCGCCCAAGAAGAGAACACCCAAGAAGAGAAGGAAGAAGGACCCCAACGAGCCACAGAAACCCGUGUCAGCUUACGCACUGUUCUUCAGAGAUACACAGGCGGCCAUCAAGGGUCAGAAUCCGAACGCGACGUUUGGUGAGGUGUCUAAGAUCGUUGCGUCAAUGUGGGACAGUCUUGGGGAGGAACAGAAGCAGGUCUACAAGAAAAAGACAGAAGCAGCCAAGAAGGAAUACCUGAAACAACUGGCUGCAUACAGAGCAAGCCUCGUGUCACAGGCUGCUGUGGAUCAGGCAGAGUCAGAUGAGAGUAAGAAGCAGAACAACAUCUCGCUGUCCCACUCCGCGCUGAGAAACAUCGCGCCCAAACCCAACAUGUCCCCUCCCGCCAACCCCGCCGUCGUGAGAACGUCCCCGCCUCGACACAUCAUGCAGCAGUCACCACCGCAUUCUCACCCUGCAUACACACAGAUGGCGCCGCUCCAGACUCAGAUGCAGAUGUCGAGACAGCAGUGUCUGCGGCAGGGCUGCGAGAACCUCGCCAUCGAGAGCCCCGACUGGGACAACGAGUACUGCAGCAACGAGUGUGUCGUCAGCCACUGCAGAGAUGUGUUUACUGCCUGGGUGGCAUCCAGAAAUCAGACGUUGUCUACUUCAGUCAAGUGAGAAGACCCCCCACCCCCCAGAAGUUACUACAGUUUUCACCAAACUUGGGAGAAAUCACUUUCAUGUAGAGCUACAAAAAAGAAAUCAUUACUUUGUCUGAGGUAUAGGAGAGGACUUAAUUUUGUACUGAAACAGCCAAACAAAUUCAACCUCUGCAUUUUCAAACACUUUGUCAUGUCUGUUACGUAUGUUCAUCACAUGACCACUGCCAACCAAUCAAAACUGCUCUUUCAAAAAGUGUCAUGGAGCAACCCUAACUUUGUAAGAAACAGUUGUGUCCAUUCGCUGUAACAGUUGCAUCUUUUGGCCGCCGACUAUCGACUGUUGAUACUACAUUGUACUAUGUACAUUGAGACAUUUUGAUUGUAAAUGAUAUUUGUUGUGGAGUAUGUGAAAAGUAAAUGUUUGAAUAUUGAAAUAUAAAAAUGGUUAUUUGUUUCACUUAGCUUUUUAUUGUCAUCAUCAUCAUCAUUUUGGGCAAGUUCAAUACAUAAAUAUAAGUUGCCCAGACUCUUAUUUUAAAGACACAAGAAAUUAAAAGCAUGUAGCAUGAAACACAGUCAGCUUUUGUCAUUGGCAGUAUCUCGAGUUCAAGCAUUUAUAUCUUAACCUGACAGGUACAGGUUAAUAUUAACUAAUACAGGUUAAUAUUAACUAAUUUCACAUAUUGUCGCUCCAUAUAUUUUUGAUGUCGCAAUUCAUCGUUCAGAACCUACACGACAAACGUUUGAAAUUUUCCAUGUGUAAAAUGCUGUACAAAGUCUUUACAAUUAACCCAUUCCUCUGUAUUGAAGGGCAAUAUUUAGAAGGCUCAAGCUUAAAAUAGUAUUUGAUAAUCAGCUACAGUAAUAUGAUUGUUGUUAACUGUGGCUUCCAUUGUCGAGUAUAUAUUUUGUGACAAAUGACAGAAUCAGACUAUGCUGUACAACUAUAAGUUGUUGCUUCCCAAAAUAUAUAAUUCCAAUAUGGCCAGUCCACUUUUACAGUUAUAUCUAUAUGGCUUCAAAGCAAUUGGGGAAACAUAUUGUAUGCACAAAAUGUUUCAAACUUGUCUUAUCAUAUAGAUUCAGAGAGUUGCAAUAUUGGGAAAAACAGUAUUGUUUGUUUUCUAUAUUGAAAAUAUCUUACAUUGGCCUAAAAAAAUGCUAUGAAGAUUGCAGUAAGAGUAAUGAAAGUGGUCUGGCCUAAUAAUGUAUAAUUGUUUGGCUGUAAUUAUAUGUUGUAUUUGAAAAAAGGUUUUUGAUGAUCUAAUGCCUUGAAUGACUGUCACAAUCAUGCCAAACAAUGGAGAAAUUACUGUAAUGUGGAAUAAGUCUUCUCCAUAAGCAGAGUUCCAACUUAAUGACUUCUGUUUUGUUAUUAAAAAACGCAUUGACUUGAAAAGUUACUUGAAAUGUGUAGAUAUUUUGGUAUUGCAAUGAUUUUUUUUCCAUUUUGUAUAUUUGUACUUUUUUAUCAUCAUCAUGGUACAAGUACUGCUUUAGUAUGCAUCGCUGCAUGUUGUAUAGAAAUGUGAUACAGUAGUUAGGCAAACUAGUCAAUACAGGGCUCAAAAUGGUCAUGCAUGCAUGUUGUCGUGUUUACAAAAACUUAAGGGUAUUUUCAGUUUGAAUCAUUUUACAUUUUUGUACAGAUUUGAAACUGAACUGAAAUUUUUGCACAAUUUUGAUUUAGAAUGACAUGUAUGUAGUUAAAAGAAUCACUAAAAUCUACAUUUUGUAAGUCAACUAUACAAAAACUGACAUUGAAAAUCAAAGAGAAAAUCGAACUGUAUAUUAACACAUACACUUUUUGAUAGAUUGGUUAAACAUAUAAAAAAGACAAUUUGUAGUGCAUUGAAAUCACUCAUUUCUAAAAGAAAAA